ACUCGAACCGGAGAUCGGCCGGAGAGCAUUUAACAGAGGAUCUCUCUCUCGACCGGUGCCAGUCAGUCUCAGUCCGAUCCAGCUCUCAUUGAGGACGAUCGCCCGGAGCAAGAAAGACCCACCGGUCGAGAUGGACGUGGAGGUGGUGGCGGAGGCGAAGGCGAAGGCGGCGCCAUCGCCGGACGUGGAGCAGGCGGUGGAUUGGAAGGCGCCGGCGGCGAUGGUGUUCCUGCAGCUGUCCAGCACGGGGAUGGUGCUGCUGUCAAAGGUGGCGAUCGGCGGUGGCAUGUUCGUCUUCGCACUCCUCACCUACCGGAGCCUCUUCGGCGCCGCCAUCAUCCUUCCCCUCGCGCUCUUCCGGGAGAGGGGGAAGUGGAAAGAGAUGGACUGGCACGCUGCUGGAUGGAUUUUCCUUAACGCGUUCAUCGGGUAUGCCGUACCGAUGAGCCUAUAUUACUAUGGCUUGCAAGAUACGACGGCAUCCUACGCCAUCAUAUUCCUGAACAUAAUUCCCCUGACAACUUUCAUCCUCUCCUUCGUGCUCAGAAUGGAGGCAUUGCACAUCAGAAGCAUGCUAGGAUUGCUUAAGAUUGCUGGGGUUUUGCUCUCUGUCGGGGGCACAAUGAUCAUCAGCCUAUACAAGGGAAAGAUUUUGCAUCUAUGGAACCCUAUUCUUCACCGCCAUAAUGAAGAGGAUGUGGAUGUUGCAAGUCAUCAUCUACGUGGAACAAUCUUGUUGGCAGCCAGCAGCUUCAUGUUUGCUUGCUGGUAUCUAAUUCAGUCUAAGGUUCUCAAGGUGUAUCCAUACAAAUAUUGGUCGUCCAUGGCCACGUGCUUGGUUGGAGGGUUUCAAACUGCACUUGCUGGAGUUAUACUGAGAAGGGACAAGAACGCCUGGAAGAUAGGAUGGGAUAUAAACCUUGUGACCAUCGUGUACUCGGGGGCACUUGCAACUGCAGGAAAAUAUAGCUUGAACUCGUGGGCUGUGGCUAAGAAAGGCCCGUCCUACCCUCCAAUGUUCAGCCCAUUAUCUGUAGUCUUUACUGUUGUCCUGGGCUCCAUCUUCAUAGGUGACGACAUCACCAUUGGAAGCCUCAUUGGGACAAUACUGGUGAUUGUGGGGACAUAUGUCUUCCUCUGGGCGAAAGCGAACGAGCUACCUGAAAAGUGAAUAUGUCAAAAUGGUUCAAAGUUAUCAAAAACCACAGAACAUACACUCUGUAUUGUGCGAAUUGUUAUGAUAGUGCUCUAUUUCUACUUCAAAAGAACCCUAUCAAAGUUUCAACAAUCAUCUGUUCCAUGUGGCAACAGCAUGCUGCACGAGUAGUAGAUUGCCCUCUCUGACUUAGCAAUGUAGUAACUUUGUAAACACAUGGUGGUUUGGUACCAACGCACCCAUCAAUGUUCACGUUGUGACGUUAACAUUAACAGUUUGUUGA